GAGGCUGCGGGGGGGUGAGGGCCGGGGGCCGCCUGGUCACCGCCUGUUCCCGUCCCCCCCAUCUCCGGCCCCGUCCAUCCGCGGGUGAUGAAAUGCUCUGCCGGCCGGACCAGAUAUAAAUCGGUCAGUGGAGGCGAGAGGCAGGGACGGGGCCGUCAAGCCGCCCGAGUCACCGAGUGGGGCCAGAUUGAGGGCUCCUCUCCUGCGGCCACACCUGGGUGGAAGGCAAGAACCCCUCUGAAGAGCCAGGACCGCUGCCCGCCCUCUUUGUUGUUCUAGGAAAGCCGCAGCAGAGCUGCCCCUCCCCCCGGCCGGAAUGGCCCAGACCCUGACCCUGCUGUGCCUGCUGGGCUGGGCCGCCGUGGUGGCCGGUGACCGGGUUUACGUCCACCCCUUCCACUUCCUCACCAAUGGCCCCGAGCGCUGCGCCGAACCCGGGGGCCCUGCCGCCGGGUCCCCCGCGGGCAAGACCUUCGUCCCGGUCCCCAUCCAGGCCAAGACGUCCCCGUUGGAUGAAGCGGCCCUGUGGGAGCGAGUGACCGCCCAAGUCGGGAGCCUGGGUCCGGAGGAUCAGGAGCGGGCGGCCGGCGUGGCGGCGCUGCUCAACUUCUUGGGCUUCCGGCUGCGACGGGCGCUGCGGGCGCCGCAGGAUGGGCAAGGCAAGGCCCGCCAGGGCACGCUUCUGGCCCCCGCGGCCGUCUUCGGCUCCCUGGCCUCCCUGCACCUGGGAGCCUCCGGGACCACUGCCGGUGACCUCCAGGCGCUGCUCGGGGUCCCGCAGGAGGAUGGAGGCUGCUCCAGCCGGCUGGACGGGGAGAAGGUCCUGGCCGCCCUGCGGGCCGUCGUGGGGCUCUUCCUGGCAGGGGAGGCCGGCGGGGCCGGCGCGGGAGACCCCCGCCUGCGGCUGUCCACCCUGGUCGGCCUUUUCACCUCGCCGGGGCUGCAUCUGCGUGAGGCCUUCUUCCGGAGCCUGCAGCCCGCCGCCGCCGUCACCCACGCCCGCUCCUUGGACCUGGCCACCGACCCGGGCCUGGCUGCCGAGAGGAUCGACCGCUUCGUCGGGGCCGUGACCGGCUGGCCCAGGAGGCUCCCUCUGACCCCCAGCUGCCCCGAUGACACCCUCCUCCUCAAUACUUACGUCCGCUUCCAAGCGGCGAUCGGCGGAGCGUCCCGGCUGGUGCAGCCCCAGGAGUUCCAGGUGAACCGCACCUCCCACGAGCUGGUGCCCAUGCUCUCGGUGACCGGCACCUUCCAGUACCGGCGCGACGACGCGAACAACUUCACCGUCGUGUGGGUGCCUCUGGGGGCCAACGCACGCCUGCUGCUGGUGCAGCCGCACCCCGGCAUGGCCCCGGAGCAGGUGGAGGCCUCCCUGUGGACCACUGACUUCCCGGCGUGGCUCAACCGCCUGGAGCCCAGGACCGUGCACCUGACGCUGCCCAGGCUGACGAUGGAGAGUGCCGUGAACCUGCAGGACCUGCUGGCCCUCUCCAAACUGCCUCACCUGCUGCACCGCAAGGCCAACUUCCGUGGGAUCAGCGAGGACGACGUCCGCGUCGGCAAGGUCAUGAACACGGUCCUCUUUGAGCUGACUGAGAGCGGACCUGAGGCGCCAGAAGAGCCCACGUCGGCGUCGGUGGAUUCUGAACCCCUGGAAGUGACUCUGAACCGACCUUUCCUGUUGGCCGUUUACGAGCGGGUCACCAAGGCCCUGCUGUUUCUCGGUCGGGUCACGGACCCGCUGCGUGGUGUGUGAAACCCCCAGAUCCGCACGGAAACCGAUAGGUACGCCCACGCGUGCACUCACGCGAGGAUACCAGGCCUGGGAGACUCGAUCCCUGGUUCAGCCAAGGCCGCCAGAGAAGGGCGGACUCAGAUGGCGGGAAGGGCUCGAGCCCACAUUAAAAAUUGCCGAGUGGCUGGUGGAAACGA